CUCCAAUCCAGCAGAUGGCGAUGAUAAUAUCUGGACGCACUGUCACUAGCAGCCAUAGUUGCGGUUACAUCGUUGCGCUACUAAACCCAGAACCGCUCAGAAAACACUCAUAAUCUACACCGCAGGUUUAAUUUAAAUUUUGAGAAGUGUGUUUGGAUAUCCAUCAAAAUGUCGUACAUGCUCCCUCAUCUUCACAAUGGCUGGCAAGUGGACCAGGCUAUUUUAUCAGAGGAAGACCGUGCUAUUGUUAUACGAUUUGGCCACGAUUGGGACCCUACGUGUAUGAAGAUGGAUGAAGUGUUGUACAGCAUCGCCGAAAAGGUGAAGAAUUUUGCAGUCAUUUAUCUUGUGGACAUCACAGAAGUGCCAGAUUUCAACAAGAUGUAUGAGUUGUAUGAUCCUUGCACAGUCAUGUUCUUUUUCAGGAACAAGCACAUCAUGAUUGAUCUUGGCACUGGCAACAACAACAAGAUAAACUGGACCAUGGAAGACAAGCAGGAGAUGAUAGACAUAGUUGAGACUGUCUACAGAGGGGCGAGAAAAGGUCGAGGUCUUGUGGUGUCCCCUAAAGAUUACUCAACCAAAUACAGAUACUGAUCUCUGUGCUCUUAUUUAGUUUCUGCGAUUUUAUUAUUUUCAUCAACAUUGGACAAGAUCUGAGCAUUCAGCAGUAUGGUCAUUUGGACUAUUAAAUUCUCUUGUUUUGGAUUUCAACUUUAUAUGUAAAUGGGUUUACACCGUUGCAGUUAUGGUCACCAGUCUUCUAUAAUUUUGUCUUUCUAACAAUGUCCUUGUACAUUAAAUGGAUGAAUAAACGUUAUUUGUGAUUC